CUCUUUCCUAGAGCCAUAGAGGCCCCUGCUCGUCUCUCUCAUAUUCUCUCUUUCACGAGGACCCUUGCUCCUCUGAACCCUAACAAAGGGAAACACUGAUAUUCUCCGAAAUAGGAUCCUAAUUUCCCCAGGAAUCGUCGGGAAAAUGCAGCACCAGAGGCUCAAGCAGCAGCAGCAACAAGUCUUGAUGCAGCAAGCUCUCCUCCAGCAACAGCCUCUCUAUCACCCUGGCCUCUUAGCUCCUCCUCAGAUUGAGCCAAUCCCAAGUGGAAAUCUGCCUCCUGGUUUUGAUCCAAGUACUUGCCGCAGUGUAAACUGCAGGUAUGUGGGAAACAUCCAUUCAUCAGUAACAGAGCCACUUCUGCAAGAGGUUUUUGCAAGCACUGGUCUUGUUGAGGGCUGCAAACUUAUCAGAAAGGAGAAGUCAUCAUAUGGAUUCAUCCACUACUUCGAUCGCAGAUCUGCUGCUCUCGCAAUACUGUCUCUUAAUGGAAGGCAUCUAUUUGGCCAGCCUAUCAAAGUUAAUUGGGCAUAUGCUAGUGGUCAGAGAGAGGAUACAUCAGGUCAUUUCAACAUAUUUGUUGGAGAUCUUAGCCCUGAGGUUACUGAUGCUAUGCUAUUUGCAUGCUUUUCUGUUUACCCAAGUUGUUCGGAUGCAAGGGUUAUGUGGGAUCAAAAAACUGGGCGUUCCAGAGGUUUUGGGUUUGUUUCAUUCCGGAACCAACAGGAUGCCCAAGGUGCAAUCAAUGACUUGACUGGAAAGUGGCUUGGCAGCAGGCAGAUAAGGUGUAACUGGGCAACAAAAGGUGCUGGUUCCAAUGAGGACAAGCAGAGCUCGGAUGCCAAAAGUGUUGUUGAACUAACCAAUGGUUCAUCAGAGGAUGGUAAAGAGACAAUCAAUAGUGAUGCUCCUGAAAAUAAUCCCCAAUAUACUACUGUUUAUGUGGGUAAUCUUGCUCCUGAGGUCUCUCAGAAUGACCUUCACCGUCACUUCUAUGUCCUUGGUGCUGGAGCCAUUGAGGAGAUACGAAUCCAGCGUGAUAAAGGCUUUGGUUUUGUGAGAUACAGUACUCAUGCCGAGGCAGCUGUGGCAAUUCAGAUCGGGAACACUCAGUCAUUUCUCUGUGGCAGACAAAUUAAGUGUUCGUGGGGCAACAAGCCUACUCCACCAGGGACAAGUUCAAACCCACUCCCUCCACCUACAGCUGCACCUUUGCCCAGCCUCUCAGCCACUGACCUUCUAGCCUACGAACGACAACUUGCUUUGAGCAAGAUGGGCGGUGUUCAUGCCCUGAUGCAUCCUCCGGGACAGCAUUCUCUCAAGCAGGCAGCAAUGGGAGUAGGUGCUGCUGGAGCAAGCCAAGCAAUAUAUGACGGUGGGUUCCAGAAUGUUGCUGCUGCCCAGCAGCUAAUGUACUAUCAGUAACAAAAAUAAAAUGGAGUUGGUGUGGUAUACCCCUUAUUUCCUGCCUUUGCAGGUCUUAUUUGAGUUAAAAAAUUUCUAGGAGGCUUUUUAAGCGUGUAUCUUUUUACCUAGUGGUGAGCGUGCCAUCCUGCAUUAUCUAUAGCAUGUGUUUGCCGAUUGUAUCGAUAUUUUAUGUUCACAGAUUUUAUUUGAUUUCUAAUUAUCAACGAAGCUUCUUAAUGUAAUUUUUCUUAUUUAACGCCACGGUGGCUGUUCAAAUAGCAAAUAGACGUUUUCAGAGGAG